AUGCCGCCGGCACUCUGCGUAGUGGGUGAAGGGAUUCAGACGCGGCAAAAGCCAUACGCCUAUAUUCGCGAUCUACUGGAAGCGGCCAAUCAUCCGCCUACAGCCGUAAUUUACGAAAAUUUCCUGCCGCUUCUUACGGAUUUGUGUCCCGAAUGUAAGCUGGAGAACGAUAUGCAGCACAUCGAGCGAGUUGCGAGGGAAGACGAGCGCCGUGAGGAGGAAGACCGGCGUCUGAAGAGCGAGUUUCACGGGGAGAAUGAGCUUUACGAAGGGAACCAGUUUCUUGAAGGGGAAGAGAUGCAGGAAAAGGAGAAGGAGUGUCGUGGGGAGAAUGAGGGGACUCGGGAGAUUUCUGGGCGUCGUCCAACAUUUGAUUUCGGCCGUCUCAGACCUAGAGUCAAUGGGAGAUGCAUCAAGGUCUGA